UCAACGAGAUUAGUCCAUAAUGCCGCCCCAGACGGAGGGUGAAAGUAUGAGCCAAAGGGAGGUGGCAAUUCCAGACUGGAUUAAGCCAGAAGUCUUUAAAGAUCUGCUUAUAAAAGAGGUCAAGGAUUUUAAGGAGACCAAAGCAAUGAGAGCUGAAGCAGGAGUGGCUGCUGGCGAGAACUAUGCCACCAUAAUGCUUCGAGUGGAGCUGGAUGUGGAGACAAAAGAUAAAUUGCAAAUAACCAAGGCCUUCAUGCUUAAAACUCCUCAUCAAUCUGAGCUGUAUCGCAAAAUGAUAGAAAAGACGGAUAUUUUCGAUGUGGAGCGGGGAAUGUAUCUGGAAGUGGUGCCCGAACUGGAGCAGCUCUACCGGGAUGUAGGUUUAGAAGUUAAGUUCGGAGCAGAGGCCUACGAGAUAGAAGCCAGCGAUUACUAUGUUCUGUUGGAGGACCUCAGACCACGGGGUUUCAAGAACAUCAACCGCCUUGAAGGCAUGGACCAGGCUCAUACCGAAAGUGUCCUGAAGAAGUUUGCCCAAUGGCAUGCGGCAUCUGCUGUCCGAGUGGCCUCAAAAGGGCCUUAUGAGGAGAAGUUUACGACGGGUUUCCUGAAGAACGAGGAAAUAGUGGAUGCCUUCUGUAAUCGCAGCGUGAAAGUUUUCCUGAACCAUGUUCAUUUGUGCCAAGGCUAUAAGGCUUACAUAAAGGAUUUGCACAUUGCAUCCGAUAAAAUCUUGGAUAUUGUAGGGGAACUAAACGAUCCGAAGCCAGAUGAGUUUAAUGCUCUGAACCACGGCGAUGGCUGGGCAAAUAACAUUAUGUUCAAGUACAAUGACAAAAGCGAUAUACUGGACACCUAUUUCGUGGAUCUGCAAGUCCCCAAGUGGGGAUCAGUGGCACAGGAUUUGUAUUACUUUCUGCUGUCCUCUACAAGUUUAGAUGUCAAAAUAUCGAAAUUCGAUUACUUCAUUUGGUUCUACCACUCUGAAUUGGUUAAGCAUCUCAAACUGCUGAAUUACUCCAAGACACUGCCAACUUUAAGAAGCAUUCGCCGUGAUCUUAAUAAGUAUAGUGGAUGGGCAUUUGUCUGCUCCUCAACCAUAAUGGCAUAUGUUCUGCUGGAUCCCGUAGACGGCGCUGACUUCGACAAGGUCCUUGGCGAUGACGACUCCAACUUUAAGAAAUCGCUUUAUGAAAAUCCCAGGUUCCACAAUCACAUGAACGUCCUUUUGCCUUGGCUCCAACAUGGAGGUGCUCUGGAAUAGAAGUUGGGGACAGCAACUUAAGUGUACUACUCCAAGCCAAUCGAUUCUAAUAUAACCUCUUAUAUCUGUAUUGGACUGUAGCUAGGAAACGUAAACUUUUUAAUUUUUUUUUUGUAAUGAUAAGAAGCUAAAUGUUUGUUUAGUAGAUAAGAGUGUUGCAUACUGUUGACUUUCGCAAGCCUUUCAGUUAGAUAAUGUCUGUAAUAAUAAAAACAAAAUGAUAAA